AUGCAAGCAUCCACAACGCCGCUGGAAUCUGCCUCUGCUAGUUUUGGCCGUGUAAAUACGGCAGCGUCUGUUUUCGAUUGGAGUGGUGGCGCGUUUGGCUUGACCAGCCCCGCCUCCGAUGGCGUUGCUAUGAGGGUACAGCACCCUGGGCAGUUUGUAGGAGCCGCGGGGGCGGAGGAGGAGAGGCGCAUACAUGUUGUGUCUUCCCAUGAACCGCGGGGGGAAACUCCACAUGAGCCACGGCUCCACAUGGGCGAUGCGCGCGAUCGAUUCAGUUGGGAGGAAUACGAGCAGGAGGCAUCUCACCUGCAGCAGCGGAGCUCCCCUGCCAGUGCGUCUGUUCAUCCACCGGUGAAUCCAGUUGAGCGCUACAGGGGAGAAAAUUUCAUCUGGUCGGCGGAUUUGCGACGGACCAUGAUUGACGUAUUUGGCCUGCACCAGUACCGCUUCCUGCAGCUGGAGAUCAUGAAUGCGUGCAUGGAUGGCCGUGACGCGUUUGUGUUGCUUCCAACAGGAGGGGGGAAGUCGCUCUGCUACCAACUCCCCGCAUUGAUGCCAAACCCGGCGCAGGUGACCAUCGUCAUCUCCCCCCUUAUCUCCCUCAUUCAAGACCAAGUGUACGCCCUCAUCGCAAACGACAUUCCCGCAAUAGCGCUGACAGGUCAGACGUCGGACGCACCGCGGCGGGCCCUAUUUGCGGAGUGGGCAUCGGGACGUAUUGUGCACACACUAGUGUAUGUCACUCCGGAGUACUUUGGGCGAAGCGACCACUUUGUGCAGUGUCUCAUGCACCUCGCCAACCGUCGCCUGUUGAGCCGCUUCGUCGUGGACGAGGCACACUGCGUCUCGCAGUGGGGGCAUGACUUCCGCCCAGACUACCGCAAGCUGGCCGUACUGAAGCAGCAAUUUCCCGUGAUACCCAUAUCUGCUCUUACAGCAACGGCGACGGACCUGGUGCAGCAGGACAUUGUUAGCACACUGAGGUUGCAGGAUGCGCUGGUUUUCAAGGGCUCCUUCAACCGCCCGAACCUUUCCUACUCCGUGCGGAAGGUGGGUCGUUCCGUGGGUUCAGUUGUGGUGGACCUCAUCAAGCAUCGCUUUCCCCCGCGGUCCUGCGGCAUUGUGUACUGCCUCUCGCGCAAAGACUGCGAGAAGAUGGCUGCGGAGCUGGUUGGAGCAGGGAUACGCGCUUCGUAUUACCACGCCGAAGCAAGCGGAAAGAAUGAGAAGCAGGAACGAUGGACGAAGGAUGAACUGCAGGUCAUAUGUGCCACGAUUGCCUUUGGGAUGGGGAUCAACAAGCCGGAUGUGCGUUUUGUCGUACAUGCGGCGAUGCCGAGGUCUAUUGAGGGAUACUACCAGGAGAGCGGGCGUGCGGGGCGUGAUGGACUGCCCUCUGAGUGCAUUCUAUUGUGCUCGCCAAGUGACAAGCAGCGGCAUGAGCAGCUGAUAUAUGGAAGUAAGGACUGGAAGGCCUCCAUGGCCUCCCUCUAUCGCAUGGCGGCGUACACCAUGAAUGAUGUGCACUGCCGCCGGAUGCAGCAGCUUGUGCACUUUGGGGAAGAGAUGGACGAGCACUACUGCCUGACGCAGCCCGAGGGGUCUGUGACGACGUGUGACAACUGCGCAAGCAAGCGGAGUGAGCGUUGGGAUGCGGCGAAGUUGGACGUCUCUGCGAUUGUGGUCGACUUGUUUAAUAUUGUGCUGCACCUCGGCUCCCUCACGUCGAAGCAACUGAUCGGUGUCUACCGCGGCACAGCUGAUGUUGGCAAAGUUGUUGAGAUUCGCAUGCGGCAAAAGGGUGCGCCGCCAGAAUACAAACUGGGCUCGCGACACACUAAAUUUCUCCUGGAGCGUGUCGUACUUGAGGCGCUUCUUCUUGGAAUUUUCAGGGAGCGGCUUGAACGCGUGACGGAGUUCGUCACCUGCGCGUAUAUUGAGACGGGCGACGGCGACGGGAUAAAGGCAUUUCACGACGUGCAGGGCGGCAGGUGUUGCGUCGUGCUCCCAGUGCGCGGGGAGAAGCGCGCUGCAACGGCGUCGCAGGAGGCGCAUCGAGCCGCCAUACCCGUCGAGGCUGCAUCUGCCGCGGCUGGGACGAGCUGCAGGGACCACCCAAACAGUGCGAUGGCAGCCGGAGCGCACGCCGUUGGGCAGAAACGCGGUGCGACUGCGGCGCUUUUCACGGCGACUCCGAAGGUGGCCGUGAAAGAACGCAAACAGCGGCAGAAUGAGAGAGGCAAGCGGCGGCGGGGAGGAACUAACAGGGGCGUUGUGUUGACGGAGUGUGCGCAGUCGUCAUCGGCGUCCACUUCGUCCUCUGACGUCUCAGCUGCGAGCGACGACUCCCUCGCGGACUUUGUGACUGAGAGGUCGUCCGUCACCUCUGUGUCCCCAUGUUCCCCACCUUGCAGGAAACGCCGCCGUUUCCGCCAUGCUCAUCGGUCAUCGUCCUCGUACACAGCGGGAGAAAGUGCGGUGCAGCUGGCAACAAGCAGUGCUACGGCGCUAUCGCUUUUGGACGAGACGCCGCGGAAGACGGUGGUUGCAGUUCCCACGGUGCGGCUGCGGCAGCUCGAGGCGGAGCUCCUUGCCCAGGUGGAGACGCUCGUGCAAGCCCUGGCUGAGCGCUCAGAGGGUGGGCGGCAGUACAACGUCAUGCCAAGGAAAACAAUGCAGAUGCUGGUUGCGACGCUGGCUGAGCCCGGCUGGGGCUCCGUGUCGCAGCUGGGCGACCUAGAGGGUCUAGGUAAGAACAAGGUGAGGAAGUUUGGUGCUGAUAUACUGCGUCUGUACCGACAGUUCCGGCAUGAACACAUUGGGGAUGUGGGCGAGCUUACGCUGGUGGAGGAGGAGAUGCUUCGGCAGACAACGACUGCGAUUGCCAGCCGCCAUCGCCUCCAACGCGGGGACCUGCACGCUGGACAGGUCAUGGACGACGAAGGGACCUCACCGAAGGCGCGUGACUCUGGUGUCCUUGCACCACCGCAAGGGGUCCGACUGCUGCUGGACUCCGAUGGUACGCCGCAGAAACCGCUGCAUCCAGCAUCAACGGCCACUACCACGGCAGCGGCAGCAGCAGCAGCAGCAGGAGGAGGUGCUGCGGCAGCGGGCCCCGCACUGCCGAAGAAGACGUUGUUUAAGGUGCCGAGUGUGGUUCUCACCGGAGGCGGGUCAACGCCGCCACCGUCACCGCCAGAGCGCCGCCAGCCGCAAAUAUUCACUGUGCCUGAGAGCCCGCUGGGGCAAUGCAGUACCUGCACCACGUACGAUCCGAUGGUGUCCCUUUCGACAGCCGGUUUUAUGUCGUCGAGACCGCCGCAGCAACACACCGUGGAUUCCUUGGUGCUCUUUCCUGCUCCCCGCCAGCAACAGCAACAGCAACAGCGGCUGGUGCAGCAACCCAUGAGACAAGAAGUGCUGGGGGCGACCCAGCUACCACCUUUUCAAGUGGAGCCUGUUCUCUUUGCGCAGCGUCCGGCGGUGGACAUGAUGGGCGUCGAUUAUUUGAUGCAGAUGUGCGAUGAGUCCAUCGCGCGCACGCCGCUGCGGCCGAUCGUUGACACCAAUUUAACUGCGGUUGACCAUCAUCACGUCAACAGUGCUGGGGGCGCCGAGGUCAUCACAGUGGACUCGGGAGACGACGAGUAG